AUGAAGGCUGCUGUCGUCCUCGCCCUGGCCGGUGCUGCCCUGUCGGCCCCCACCCCCACCAUCGAGAGCCGUGAGCUUCCCGGCAGUGGAACUGGUGGUCUCGAUGCUCUGAAGUCCGUUAUUCCCCAGCUGGGCCAAGGUGCCAGUGGACUCCCCAGCCUCCCUCACUUCAGUGGCUUCCCUCACCUCGACGGCCUUCCCGGCCUGCCCUCCGACCUCCCCAGCAUCUCUGAUCUCAUCGAGAAAGAUAUCAAGGAGAUCCAGGAGAAGGGUGCUUCUAAGACCGACAAGCGCCAGCUGCCCGGUCUGAGUGCUCUCGAGUCUCUCAUUCCCAGCUCCAGCUCCGGCUCCGGCAGCGGUCUCAGCUCUCUCCUCUCCGGCCUAGGCGGCUCAUCCGGCGGCGGUGGUCUCAGCGCUUUGGAGUCUCUGAUUCCCAGCGCUGGCUCCUCCAGCGGAAGCAGCGGUCUCAGCGGCCUCAGCUCUCUCUUCCCCGGUCUGGGCGGAUCCUCCGGCUCCUCCACCGGCGGCCUGAGUGCCCUGGAGUCUCUCAUCCCCAGCGCCGGCUCUUCCGGCAGCGGUGGUCUUAGCUCCCUCCUCUCAGGCGGCGGCCUUGGUCGUCGCGAGGCUGAGGAAGUCGAGAAGCGUCAGCUCGGUGGCAUGACUGCCAACGACGUUACCUCCAAGGCCGCCUGCAAGGAGCUGACCUUCAUCUUUGCUCGCGGUACCACCGAGCCCGGUAACAUGGGUGCCGUCGUUGGACCCGAGGUCGCAACCCAACUGAAGUCCCUGACUGGUAACAAGGUUGCCGUGCAGGGAGUGACCUACCCCGCCAGUGUGGCCGGAAACGCCCAGAUGGGUGCUGCUGGUGGCCCCACCAUGGCCAAGCUCGUGAAGCAGGCUCUCAGCCAGUGCCCCAACACCAAGGUCGUGGUGGGAGGAUACUCCCAGGGAUCUAUGGUUGUCCACAACGCCGCGAAGAGUCUUUCUGCUGGUCAAAUCUCUGGUGCUGUUCUCUUCGGUGACCCAUUCAAGGCCCAGGCUGUUGCUCACUUGUCCAAUGACAAGCGCAAGGAGUUCUGUGCUGUUGGUGACCCCGUUUGCGAGAAUGGUUUCAAUGUCAUGGCGCACAUUACCUAUGGCUCUGAUGCCAAGACUGCUGCGCAGUUCCUUGUUAAGGCUGCUGGUGUUGCCUAG